AUGAGUUCCUCGAGUACCCCCGUCCAUUCCAGCAACCAACCAUCGCAACACUCUGCCACGGCCACUCAAGAUUUACCAUGCUUCGACUGCCGACGGCGAAAAGUCAAGUGCUCCAAGACAGAGCCAUGUGCGAACUGUCAACGAUUCGGGGUCGAAUGCAUCUACGAGGAUACGGGCCGUCUGGUGCACAGACGGACGCCCACUUCCAAUGACCCGCUAGCCAGACGCAUAGCUGAACUCGAAGAACUUGUGCGCAACCUGAGUCGUCGGCCCCAACAGGGCAACCCAAUGGAGAUCAUGACCGAGAACAUCGCCCAGAAGUUUGGGAGUCAAGCGUCUCCCGUCGGCAACCCAGAAGGCAGGCUCGUCUUCGACAAGGAUAGGUCCCGCUACCUUCACAAAGGUUUCUGGGCCGCGAUGUAUGACGAGGUCAGAGACCUGAAGUUCACUCUGCAGGAAGAGCCGAAGACGCACGGAGACACGUUUCUGUUUCCCUACGUUCGAGAAGAGACUAGUCGACCGGCCCUCGUCGAUCUAUCGACUCGGGAGAGCGACUUCUUGGUCCAGACGUUUGUCGAAAAGGUCGACCCUUUCGUCAAGAUUCUGCACAAGCCGACACUCCACCUCGAAUUGAAUCAUUUUCGCCGCGGCAUCCUAGCAAAUCCGACCGAGUUCCAAGUCCGCCUGUUCGCCGUAUAUGCCUUGGGACUGUUACCGCUUUGUUCGACCAUGGUUGAGUAUCGGUUCCACGAGUCGAAAAAGGGAUUGCUGUCGCGCUACCGGUCGCAUGUCGAGCAGGGUCUAAGCCAAUUGAACCUGACGACAACGCAAUCCCUAUCGACACUACAGACAUUCUUGCUAUAUAUUACAUUCCUGUUUUGGACCGGGGAAAUGCUCCACGUCAGCACUCUCCUCGCCGUUGCCCUUUCCAUGGCAAGACGAAUGGGCCUCAAUCGCGACGGGGCACACUUCCAUCUAAACCCCUGGGAGAUUGAACUGCGUCGACGGUUAUGGCACCACCUGGUACUCCUAGACGCCUGGUGCGUCGAAAACCACGGCCUCCAACCGCUUCUCCAGCCCGGCGGCGACUCCGACACUUCCCUUCCGCUCAACGAGAACGAUUCCGCAUGGGAUACCUCCGAAUUCUCCUCCUACCAGCCUCAACCGCGGAACAACUUCACGGACGCGACCAUCUCCCUCAUGCACUACGAAUUCGGGUCCCUCACGAAAUUCAUCCUCGAACAUCCCUACACGCCCGCGACGACGACGCGCAGCUACCUGGCCGUCCACAACGAAGUGCUCCGCCAGGCCCACCACCGCAUGGACAUCCUGUACAUGCGCAACCUCGACACGGAGACCAACAUCCUCCACCGCCUGGCGAAGGACCUGUUCGACCACUCCUUCCGCCGUUUGCGACUGAUGCAGCUUCAACCACUCGUCAACGCAAAGGCAGGGACCAUCGCCGGUCCGGCGGACCCCGCACGCCCCGGCCUCGAGGCCAAAAUGUACCAGCUUGCCGUCGAGUACUGCAAGGCCACCCAGACGCUGAUCGACUUCUACACGCCCUACAGCCUGGACUGGGCCAUCAUCCGUGCCUUUUCAUGGCACUCGGUCGCCACCAUGCUCUCGAUGGUUCUCCGCCACGAGGCACUGAGCAGUUCGCUCGAGGCCCGCGCCGCGAGGCACCGCAUCGAACUGCUGUUCCAGAACAGGCCCUCGAUCGACUAUCUUGCGGGCAAUGAUAAUCUGUGGGAGCCGCUGAGGAUGCUGCGCGCCGAAUUGGCAGUGAGGCAGGCUCUGCCCGUGAGGGAUUCGCGGGUGGGAAUGCCACCUGCCGGGAAUGAGGCACGGCAGGGUCAAGGCCAGACCCCGGCACACGCACACGCACACGCACAUACAGGAGGGGCCCAGGGACCCUUCGAAAUCAGUACAGAGGGCGCCGAUGAUUUGGUUUCCAUGACCUCGACGACCAUUGAUCCCGCGCUGUUCAGCUUGGCCACGGGGUAUGAUGGCGGGGUGGUGGGUUCUGAGCAAUGGUGUGAUUUCGAAGCAUACAUGUGA